CCUUUUCCCUGAAGCACACGCGGUCCUCUUCUGCCCCGCUGCGAACGAAAAGCACAAGUCAGUCCCUACACGCAGACGGCGAACCCUAGCUUCGCCUCCUUCGCCCAGCGAGAUGUCGUCAUCCGGCGGCGGCGGGCAGCAGUUCCGGUACACGCAGACGCCGUCCAAGGUGCUGCACCUGCGGAACCUGCCGUGGGAGUGCACGGAGGAGGAGCUCGUCGAGCUCUGCAAGCCCUUCGGCCGCAUCGUCAACACCAAGUCCGGCGUCGGCGCCAACCGCAACCAGGCUUUCGUCGAGUUCACCGAUGUUAAUCAAGCCAUUUCAAUGGUUUCUUAUUUUGCAUCAUCUUCGGAACCAGCGCAAAUUCGAGGAAAAACUGUGUACAUUCAGUAUUCAAAUAGGCAAGAAAUAGUUAACAACAAGAGCCCUGGAGAGACUGCUGGAAAUGUGUUGCUUGUUACCAUAGAGGGUGUUCAAGCUAAUGAUGUCACCAUUGACGUGAUCCACUUGGUUUUCUCUGCUUUUGGUUUUGUUCACAAAAUAGCCACUUUUGAGAAGGCUGCAGGUUUUCAGGCACUAAUCCAGUAUACUGAUUCGCCCACUGCUUCAGCCGCAAGAGAAGCCUUGGAUGGAAGAAGUAUCCCAAGGUACUUGCUUCCGGAUCAUGUAGUAUCUUGCCACUUGCGGAUAUCUUUUUCUGCACAUAAAGAUUUGAAUAUUAAGUUCCAAUCACACCGCAGCAGAGAUUAUACCAACCCCUACCUCCCAGUUAACUCCUCUGCCAUCGAUAGUACAUUGCAGCCUGCUGUUGGUCCCGAUGGGAGGAGGGUGGAGGCUGAAGGCAAUGUUCUUCUUGCGUCAAUUGAGAAUAUGCAAUAUGCGGUUUCAGUGGAUGUUCUCCAUACUGUGUUCUCUGCAUUUGGCGUAGUCCAGAAAAUUGCUAUUUUCGAGAAGAAUGGUGGAACACAAGCUUUGAUUCAGUACCCUGAUGUAAGUACGGCCACAGUUGCGAAGGAAGCAUUAGAGGGGCAUUGCAUCUACGACGGUGGCUACUGUAAGAUUCACCUGUCAUACUCUCGUCAUACUGAUCUCAAUGUAAAGGCUCACAGUGACAAGAGCAGGGAUUACACAAUCCCAGAAGGAGCACAGCAAGCAGCACCACAGUCAGCCGGUCUACCACCUACAUCAGCUGGGUGGCAAGGUAAUCCUCAAGCAGGUGGACCAUACGGACCACCUGGUGUCCCUGCUCAAAACCACAACACCAACGGACAAAUGCCAAAUUGGAAUCCAGGCAACUCAGGGUACCCACCAGCUCCUGGGAAUUCAGGGUACCCACCAGCUCCUGGGAACUCAGGGUACCCACCAGCUCCAGGCCAGUAUCCUGGCCAGAUGUACUCCGCCCCGCCACAGUAUGCGCCAUCAGGGGGCUUCUCAGCCCCUCCUCCGCCACCACCUCAUGAGAUGCACUCUUCACAGCAGCGUGAGAUGCAUCCUUCACAGCAGAUGCCACCUGCGCAUCAUGGAAAUCAGCAAGGACCGGCAGGUGCCCCUGGAACUGGCCAACCUCCGUAUUACCACAAUUAAGUUAAAUGUGUUUUCAUGACUGUACCUUGGCCAUUUCUGAUUCAGUUAUGGCGCUAUGUAAUUCUGCAGUACCGCCAUCUGGGUAAUGCUUUUAACCCCUUCUGUCCUUCCAUGAAAUAUUUUUGUCAAUGUAUUCUCACUCUUUGCAUUUCGUUGGUACCACAAAUUGGAGAGCUGCUCUGUUAAAAUGCAAAAAAAGGUCUUUAUUUGUUA